CUGAGUUUUGCCAAUCUAGAGGCAGGGGUGGGACGGUGCAGGCGCAGAGAAUUGGGUUUGGCUGGACUAGAUUUAAAGAGACAGAAGCUGUCCGGGUCCAAGAAGACAGCCCUAAGACCCUCUCCCCAAGUGCUUGGGACCUUUUGGGUCCCCAUAGCUGGGGAGAUGGUUUGCGGCGGCUUUGCCUGCUCCAAGAAUGCGCUGUGCGCGCUCAACGUGGUGUACAUGCUGGUAGGCUUGUUGCUCAUUGGAGUUGCUGCGUGGGGUAAGGGCCUGGGUCUGGUGUCCAGCAUCCAUAUCAUCGGAGGAGUCAUUGCUGUGGGAGUCUUCCUUCUUCUCAUCGCUGUGGCUGGGCUGGUGGGUGCUGUCAACCACCACCAAGUACUGCUAUUCUUUUAUAUGAUCAUCCUUGGUUUAGUCUUCAUGUUCCAGUUUGGAAUCUCUUGGUCAUGUCUGGCUAUUAACCGAAGCAAACAGACAGAUGUUAUCAAUGCUUCUUGGUGGGUCAUGAGCAACAAGACCCGGCAUGAACUGGAAAGAAGUUUUGAUUGUUGUGGCUUAUUCAACCUCACAACCCUGUAUCAACAAGAUUAUGCUUUCUGCACUGCAAUCUGCAAGAGUCAGAGCCCCACAUGCCAGAUGUGUGGAGAAAAGUUUCUUAAGCAUUCAGAUGAAGCCCUGAAAAUCCUGGGAGGUGUUGGACUCUUUUUCAGCUUUACAGAGGUAACAUUCUCCAGUUCCCUCAUAUAUGCCAUUUCCCUAUAACUGUAAGUCAUGGCCCCAGAGAUUC